CGCACGCAAGCGCGGCGGGAGCCCGAGCUGGAGCCGGAGGCCGGAGACGCGUCCCGGGCCGGGGCCGAGGAUUCGGGGCGCCGGCGGCUCGGCGGUUGUGCAAUGUGCACCCAGGAGGGUUUCCAGGCGCAGCGGAGCCGGCUUGUGGGACUGCUGAUCUCGGGGUCCCUGGAGGGCUUCGAGAACGUCCUGGACUGGCUGCUGUCCUGGGAAGUCCUCUCCUGGGAGGACUACGAGAGCCUCAGCCUGCUGGGCCAGCCCCUCUCUCUCUUGGCCAGGCGCCUUCUUGACACCGUCUGGAGCAAGGGUGCGUGGGGCGGUGAGCAGCUCAUUGCGGCCAUCCAGGAGGCCCAGGCUGACGGCAAGACCCCCGAGCUGUGUGGCCGCUGGGACCCCCACUCGCCUCAUCCGGCCCGUGAGCUGCAGAGCCACCGGCCAGCCAUCAUCAGGAGACUCUAUGGCCACGUGGAAGGCGUGCUGGGGCUCGCUCGGGAGCAGGGCUUCAUCAGCCAAUAUGAAUGCGAUGGAAUCCGGCUGCCGAUCUUCACAUCGUCCCAGCGGGCAAGAAGGCUCCUUGAUCUUGCCACGGUGAAGGCCAACGGAUUAGCUGCCUUUCUUCUCCAGAGUGCUCUGGAGUUACCAGUCCCGACAGCUCUGCCUUUUGAAGCUGCCACGUGUAAGAAGUACAUGUCCAAGCUGAGGACCACGGUGGCUGCUCAGUCUCGCUACCUGAGCACCUAUGACGGGGCCGAGAACCUUUGCCUGGAGGACGUCUACACGGAGAACAUCCUGGAGGCCCGGACGGAUGUCAGCGCAGCAGGCCCCCCGCAGGAGAGCCCUGCCGCCCUGGGCCUGGAGGAGCUCUUCACCACCCACGACCACCUCAACGACGCCGCGGACACUGUGCUGGUGGUGGGCGAGGCGGGCAGCGGCAAGAGCACGCUCCUGCAGCGGCUGCACUUCCUGUGGGCCGUGGGGCGCGACUUCCAGGAAUUCCUUUUUGUCUUCCCCUUCAGCUGCCGGCAGCUGCAGUGUCUGGCCAAACCGCUCUCCCUCUGGACGCUGCUCUUCGAACACUGCUGCUGGCCUGACGUCGGGCAGCAGGAGGUCUUCCGGUUCCUUCUUGACCACCCUGAGCGGGUCCUGUUAACCUUCGAUGGUUUUGACGAGUUCAGGUUCAGGUUCUCCGAUCACGAGCGCCACUGUUCCCCGACCGACCCCACUUCAGUCCAGAAUCUGCUCUUCAACCUUCUGCAGGGCAACCUGCUCAAGGAUGCCCGGAAAGUGCUGACAAGCCGUCCGGAGGCGGUGUCGGCGUUGCUCAGGAGGUACGUCCGCGCGGAGCUCAGCCUCAAGGGCUUCUCGGAGGAUGGCAUCGAGCUGUACAUGCGGAAGCAUCACCGGGAGCCUGGGGUGGCAGACUGCCUCCUGCGCCUGCUCAGAGCAACCUCCACCCUGCACGGUCUGUGCCAUCUUCCUGUCUUCUCGUGGAUCGUGUCCAAGUGCCACCGGGAACUGUUGCAGCACGGUGGGGGGUCCCUGAAGACCACCACGGACAUGUACCUCCUGAUCCUCCAGCACUUCCUGCUGCAUGCCUCCCCGCCGGACACAGCCUCCCAUGGGCUGGGACCCAGCUUCCUUCGAGGCAGGCUCCCCACCCUCCUGCGCCUCGGCUGCCUGGCUCUCCGGGGCCUGGGCACGUGCUGCUAUGUGUUCUCUGCCAAGCAGCUACAGGCGGCGCAGGUUGACCCAGAGGAUGUUUCUCUCGGCUUCCUGGUGCCUGUCAAAAGCCAGGGUGUGUCAGGGGCCUCGGCACCCCUGGAGUUCUUGCACAUCACUUUCCAGUGCUUUUUUGCCGCGUUCUACCUCGUGCUAAGUGCUGACAUGCCUCCAACCUCGCUCCGGCACCUCUUCGAUUGUCGAGGGCCGGGCAGCUCCCCGCUGGCCAGACUGCUGCCCAUGCUGUGCAUCCAGGGCUCUGAGUGCAAGGAGGGUGGCCUGGCCGCGUUGCUGCAGAAGGCUGAGCCGCACAACCUCCAGAUCACAGCGGCCUUCCUGGCCGGGCUGCUGUCCCGGGAGCACCGGGGCCUGCUGGCCGAGUGCCAGGCGUCUGGGAAGGCCCUGCUCCGGCGCCACGCCUGUGCCCGCUGGUGUCUGGCCCGCAGCCUCCGCCAGCACUUCCACUCCAUCCCGUCGGCCGUGCCAGGGGAGGCCAAGAGCCUGCACGCCAUGCCCCGCUUCCUCUGGCUCAUCCAGAGCCUGUACGAGAUGCAGGAGGAGCGACUGGCCCGGGAGGCCGUGCGAGGGCUGAGCGUGGGGCACCUGAAGUUGACCUUUUGCGGCGUGGGCCCCAUCGAGUGCGCUGCCCUGGCCUUUGUGCUGCGGCACCUGCGGCGGCCCGUGGCCCUGCAGCUGGACCACAACUCCGUGGGUGACAUUGGCGUGGAACAGCUGCUGCCUUGCCUCGGCGUCUGCAAGGCUCUUUACUUGCGUGAUAACAAUAUCUCAGACCGAGGCAUCUGUAAACUCAUCGAACACGCGCUCCCCUGUGAGCAGCUGCAGAAGUUAGCUCUGUUCAACAACAAAUUGACUGAUGACUGUGCACACUCCAUGGCCAAGCUCCUUGCGUGCAAGCGGAACUUCUUGGCACUGAGGCUGGGCAAUAACCGCAUCUCUGCAGUGGGAGCCGCGGUGCUGGCCGAGGGGCUCAGAAGCAAUUCCUCCCUCCAGUUCCUGGGGUUCUGGGGCAACAGGGUAGGUGACGAGGGGGCCCAGGCCUUGGCUGAAGCUUUGGGUAGUCAUCAGAGCUUGAAGUGGCUCAGCUUGGUGGGAAACAACAUUGGCAGCAUGGGUGCCCAAGCCCUAGCACUGAUGUUGGAAAGGAACGUGGUGCUGGAGGAACUCUGCCUGGAGGAGAACCAUCUCCAAGAUGAAGGUGUGGGUUCUCUGGCCGAAGGACUUAAGAGAAAUUCAAGCUUGAAAGUCCUGAAGCUGUCCAACAACUGCAUCACCUACCUUGGGGCAGAAGCCCUCCUGCAGGCCCUGGAAAGGAAUAAUACCAUCCUAGAAGUCUGGCUCCGAGGGAACGCUUUCUCUCCAGAGGAAGCAGAGGAGCUUAGUCACAGGGACACCAGACUCUUGCUUUGACGUCUCCAGGCCGCCAUCCAUCUCGGUUUGUGGAGGAGCAAACCCUGGGUUUGAGCCCUAAAGCUGGAUUCCUUGUGGCAGCAGCCGUGCAGACGGAGCUUGGCUGGAAGACAUUUUCUGGGAACACCAUGAGAGUCGCCUUUAUUCUGGCAGAGGAAGGAGCGUCAAUGUUCUCCAGAAUAGACUUUUCCCAAACCUUCUCUUGGCAUCAAGUUUUUCCCCAGAUUCGCUCCAUGGGGUUGAGAAGAGGGGGCAGCCCUCUUCCAUCACUGGGGGCCAGCCUCCUUUCAUAGUUCUGCCGUGGGCCGGGGGCCCGUGGUAAGUGGGUGCCUAUUGACAUGGAGACCUGAACCUCAUGAAGGCUACCCCAGCUCCUCCCAUGAGGAAGUAUCUUUGUGCCCUGUCUUGACUUGUGGGCCAUGCGUUUGAGUCAUUCCCCACCUCUGGUGCCUCCAACUUACUCUGGGCCCCAGCGCAUGGCACUUGCUCUGGUCAGGGAUUCAGAAUGCUGCAUUCUCAGCUUUGAUCGUUUUGCUUAUGCCCCUGCCAUUGUCCCCCCAGGGAAGGCAGGAAUAGAAUGUACCAAGCUCUCCCUCCUGCUGCCUAAGACAACGUUGGAAGGGGUACAGGAAAGCCCACAUUUGUUCCCCAAGAUAUUCGAGAUUUGCAAGAAGAAUAUGGCCACCCUACAGCUGGGGUUGCACAUGGAUUUCUAUUUCCAGGGAAAUCAAUUACUCUUCAGUUAAGCCUUUGGAAGUAGCUCCCCGUUCAAGUGCAGCUUUUUGAAAUUAAUCUGGGCUAGAAUUUUGAAUAGCCCCACUCGACCUCUGGCGGGUGCCUGUGAACUGAAUUCUGAUGACUGACUUCCAAAAUAUAAUCAUAAGAGAUGGCCUGGUUUUCUCUGUGCCAGAAUGCUUUAGGAUAUAUGAAUUGAAAGUUUACGGGGCAAAGCAGGCCCUGUCUGAAAUGUGCAUGUCUUUGGAGUUUUCAAAAUGAUGUACAUGGAAAACCUUUGUAAAUUGUCAGGUGCUCUGCAGAUAUUAUUUUAAGCAUUAUUAUUUGUGGAAAUGAGCUAGUAUUUAUGAAACACUUUGUUUUAUUCUCCAAAGUGUAUAUAUUGUUUCAGAAAACAUGGCCAUGAAGGUUAUGCUGUAAAUAAUCACAGAGGAGAAAACUGUCGAGUCACCAAAGCUUAUCUUUAUUGUGACCAAACAUUUAAAAAUGUCCCUGAAACUUGUCAAAUAUUAAAGCACAAUUCCUCCUUGAAGGGGGGAGAAUGA